AUGGGUGGGGAAGAGGUGUGUAGCCACGUGAAGGUGGUGGUCCGUGUGCGUCCACUGAACUCCCGAGAAAAAGAAGGCAAUUUCAAGAAAGUUGUCCAUGUUGUUGACAAACACAUGCUCAUCUUUGACCCUAAAGAAGAGGAGGUGACCUUUUUCCGGGGGCAGAAAUCAGCUCGUAGGGACCUACGAAAGAAAGUCAAUAAGGACUUAAAGUUUGUCUUUGAUAAUGUCUUUGGAGAGGACUCCUGUCAGAUGGAUGUAUUUGAGAAUACCACUAAAGGGAUUGUUGAUGGCGUUUUGAAUGGCUACAACUGUACAGUGUUUGCUUAUGGAGCAACAGGGGCAGGGAAGACACACACCAUGCUGGGGACCAGUAAUGAUCCUGGAGUUAUGUACCUCACUAUGAAAGAGCUGUUUGCACGGAUGGACCUCAUCAAGGAUGAGAAAGUGUUUGAUGUGGCUUUCUCUUAUUUGGAGGUGUAUAAUGAACAGAUUAGGGAUCUCCUGGCCAAUUCGGGUCCUCUGGCCGUCCGAGAAGAUGGCUGCAAAGGCGUGGUCGUUCAGGGACUCACUCUUCACCAGCCUAAGUCUGCUGAACACAUCCUUGAAGCUCUGGAUUACGGUAACAAAAAUAGAACGCAGCAUCCAACCGAUGUGAAUGCCUCAUCCUCCAGGUCCCAUGCAGUAUUCCAGAUCUACUUGAGGCAGCAAGAUAAGACAGCUAGCUUGAACCCUAAUGUCCGCGUGGCAAAGAUGAGUCUCAUUGACCUGGCUGGUUCAGAGAGGGCCAGCGCCACCAACGCUAAAGGCGCUCGCCUCCGAGAGGGGGCAAAUAUUAACCGUUCCCUCCUCGCCCUGGGCAACGUUAUCAACACCCUCGCGGACCCCAAGAGUAAAAAAACUCACAUCCCAUACAGAGACAGCAAACUGACGCGCUUGCUCAAAGACUCUCUGGGAGGGAACUGCAGGACAGUGAUGAUCGCCAAUGUUAGUCCGUCCACCUUAUCCUACGACGACACACACAACACACUCAAAUAUGCCAACAGAGCCAAAGAAAUCAAGUCCACACUGAAGAGUAAUGUGGUUAGUUUGGACAGUCACAUUGGCCAGUAUGCUGUAAUAUGCGAGAAACAGAGAGCAGAGAUCCUGCAGCUGAAGCAGAAACUGAAAGCAUACGAGGAGCAGAAAACACAGGCGCGGGCCGGCCUUAAUCCCGUUCCCGCUGAGAAGAGAGCUGAAUUUGAGAAGAUGUCUGAGUCUCUCCGGAGUGUGUUUGCAGUGCGGCAGCAGGUGCGAAAGGAUCAGCUGGAUGUGGAGAAACAGCUGAAGGAGUGUGAGCUUAGACUGAGGCACAGAGAGGACUGGCACCAUCAGGGACAGCUCUUCUUCUCAGAGGACAAGGCUGAGAAGGCCACCUGUAAAUACGAGCGAAAGCUGGCCUCUCUGCAGUCUCACCAGCAGCACCUUCAAAGGCGUUUGGAGGAGAAUGAGAAGCGUUUUCAGGAGAACGAGGGCUGGCUGCACCGCCUCGAGAACGAGAUGAAACUCUUAGGACAUGAUGGACACACACCAGAGAUGCUGAGGAAAGAGCUACAGUGCCACAGACUCCAGCUGCAGGUAGCAGAUCUCCAGCAGCACACUGAGCACAUGAGCCACCUCAUAGGAGUGCAGGACCAGGAGAACAAACACACCCAAAAGCUUGUGAAUGCACUGCUGGUCACCUGUCGGCAACAAAACCUGGCCCUGAAGGCGGCUGGCAUCGCCACGACAACAGGCAGCUCUGAGUGGGAGGAGCUAGAACACCUGGUGCAGAGAGAAAGAGGUGUGGUCUGGGCAGACCAAGAGAAGGCCGAAGAGAGGGCUGAAAAGAACGGAUGCGCAGACGGCGUCCGUCUGCAGCCCAUCCUGUCCUUUUCUCGUCUCAUCACUCACCAGAACACUCCAUGCAGCGCAGAGAAACACACACGGCGAGUCUCUCAACGUCUACAGCGUGCUCUGUCAUCCAAAGGACCUCAGGGUGAGCAAGGGAAAGCAGAAGAACCAGCAGCUAAGAAACCCAUCAGGAGGAAACUGGCAGUUUCUCCUCCUAAUCCAGUCCAAGGGAGUGCUGCCUUGGCCCAGUGCUCCCCAGGCCUCCAAGAGGUUCUGAAGCAAGAGGGCGUGUGCCCCAUCCAGUACACCCCUGAAAACUGUUCCAAACCUCCAACCCAAUCCUCCAGCACGUUUGACCCCAAUGCCACUUUUGAUGUUGGGCACGGCGAAGAGCUUGAAGCAGCGAACGCCACCAUUAUCCUGUCCAAGGGUUCACCACAACCCCUCGCACCAGCAGGCUCCAGCCAGAUCCAGCCACUACGGACCAACAACGGGAACGAGACCGUCAAACGGUUCGAGAUCCCGUCUCUCUUGGACAUCAGACGAGUCAAACCGUCCUACAUGGCUAUGACCUCAGCAGCACAAGGCAAGCGCAAGCUCAACUGCAGUGGAAAAGAUGUAGACGGCAGCCUUGCUGCACCCAAACGGAUAAAGCAGGAACCGGCAGUCACUGGAAAACCGCUCCGUGUCCGUCGCUUUGGAGUGUCAUCAGCGUCGGAGAACGAGCCAAGCAGGAGAGUCGUGCGGAGUGUGUCUGAGGGAAACAUCCAUCUUCUGGACCUCCGCAAACCCAAAUCCAGCCUGCUUCGAGGGUCCCUUUUUAACAGGGUCGCAAAGAGGAGGGUGUGA